UGUCAAGCAAAGCCUCACAAUGCUGUGCUUACUAAACCCGUGAGCUUAGGAAUUUGAGGUAAGGUGAUUGUUCCCGGACCCUCACUCCGUCUAUCUGCGGUGGACCAACUGUCUGAGUCUCUGAUGGACGCUCUCGGCAGGUGGACUGAGACAGCGACUACACCUGUUUGGGAAAUCUGUGACAACGUAGGACAAAAAAAGAGAAAGGUCUUCGGGGAACUGAGGUUUUGCUCUGCUUAACCACCCGCCCUCUCCUCGCUCUCCCUUGCACACACAGCUCACACAUACACACACACUUGCCUCUCCCUUCUUGUUCCCACCCUGCUCGUCUCCUCUCCUGUCGGAUGCUGGUGUGGUGAACAGCAGGAUUCUCUUGGUUGAGACGUAUGGAGGCACAGGGAGGGGCUCCCAGCCCAGAGCCCAGUAGAGACAUCCAGAAGCUGCUAAAGCCCUCCAGCUCGGGGAGCCUCUCUCAGGAGCAGUUCCAGCAGUACGCUGCAGGAGAGGAAGAGGAGGACGAGGGCGGCUGGACAGGACACACUGCCAGCCUGCUGCACAUCUCUGAGAAGAGACAACCUCUGAGCAGUGUGUCCUCUUUGGAAGUCCACUUCGACCUCCUGGAUCUGACCGAGCUGACCGACAUGUCAGACCAGGAGCUGGCUGAAGUCUUUGCUGACUCUGACGAGGAGAACCACAAUGAAUGUCCUCCAGGUUCCCAACAGGCAGCGCUGGGCAAAGGCGGCUACAUGCGCUCUCCCUCAUGGACACGCUGCAGCAAGGUAGAACUCCCCCGAGAGAGGAAGCACCACAGCGACUCGGACGCCACCACGGAGCCUUUAAUGAAGCUGGAGAGGCCAAAGCAACCUUGACGUGGCGCACGACCCCGCUGGAAUGAAGCUCAGCGUGGACAGCCAGCACCAGAGCGUACCACUGGGCCACUGAUUCAUGGUGCUGAUGAACAGAUGAGUUCAUGCUGAAAUCUGGACACUAUGCAGUGUUCUUAAGAUCUUCAGUAAACACACACACACACACACACACACACACUCACACACUUCCAUCCAUCCAUUUUCUGAGCCGCUUCUCCUCACUAGGGUCGCGGGCACACACAAACUUCCAUUUCCUUAAUUGUUUUGCUCUGAGGAUUUAAAGUUUUGUUUUGGAGUGACAGACAUGGUAGUGACAGAACCGACUUGAGCCAAGGAAGGACGAGUGUGUGGUGUGCUGUAAUGACAACUGCCUAAAUCAUAGUGUGUUAGGAUCUCUUUCUUUUUUCUUUAAAUUAAUAUAUCUUUCAAAGUGAUGACUAUCUAAUUUACAUUGGUCAUCCAAAGUCAAGUCAAAAUGACGGAGGAAUGACAAUCUUGUGCUUUUGUGAACUUGCAUGAAUGCCAAACACAAAAUCAAGUGCCAACACUUGUUUAACGCAACAACAAGCAGAAGUGACAGCCCAGUUACUUAACUAACUUUUAAUCAAUUUAGCUCGUCCAUACCUGGACCGAUGAUCAUCCUGAAUGAUGUGAGUGACUGUGGGAGGAGAAAUUAAACAUCUUGGAAAACUGUG